AACAGUACACCACUCACAACACUGUUACAUCACUCUGACAACACCCACCACUCACUACUCACAACAGUACACACCACUCACAACACUGUUACAUCACUCUGACAACACUCACCACUCACUACUCACAACAGUACACACCACUCACAACACUGUUACAUCACUCUGACAACACUCACCACUCACUACUCACAACAGUUACACACAACUCAUCAAACUGUCACAACAGUUACACACCACUCACAACAGUUACAUCAUUGCCACAACACUCACACAACACUUACACACCACUCACAACACUGUCACACCAAUAAUAGCAGCUAACAACACCCACACACCACUCAACACUGUCUCCACACCUACACACUACUCAACACUGUUACAUCACUGUCACAACAAUCACACACCAUUCACAACACUCACACAACUCAAAUAACUUGUACAACAUUCACACACUACUUACAGCACUGCCACACCCCUCACACAGCACUACUCACACAGCACUCGCAACACUCUCCAACUCCACUCACAUCAGCUCACACACACCACCCACACACCACCAAUCAGUUCACAGCUCUGACACAGUACUGGAUCUCUGAGACUGCUGCAUAAUGUAUGUGGAGUUGGCAUUGGCAGUAGUAUUGGGUGCAGUGGUACUUCUUGUACUUCUGAAGAACAAGAAAAAGUGUUUAGAGACAGAAGAUGGCUGGUGGGGUAUGAGAACUCCACUGGAAAGUCCAGAAGAUGACAGCAUUCGGCCUUUCCGAGUGGAAACCACGCAAGAAGAGAUUGAUGAUUUGCAUCAUCGUAUUGAUCGGACGCGACCCGUUCCAUCUGUAGAAGACACCCAGUUUCACUAUGGCUUCAACUCAUGUUACCUGCAGAAGGUGGUCUUGUACUGGAGGAAUGAUUUUGACUGGAGGAGACAAGUGGACAAACUGAACCAAUAUCCCCAUUUUAAAACUAAAAUUGAAGGUAUUGAUGUCCAUUAUAUCCAUGCGAAACCCAAGAACCUGCCGAAAGGAGCAUGUAGCAUACCGCUGAUGAUGGUGCAUGGCUGGCCUGGAUCCUUUUAUGAAUUCUAUGGCAUCUUGCCCCUCCUCACGGAGCCAAGGUCCCCUGAGGACAUUGCUUUUGAGGUCAUCUGCCCCUCAAUUCCUGGCUAUGGUUAUUCCGAGGCGCCACAUAAAAAAGGUUUCGACUCUGUGUGUGCAGCACGAGUGUUCCUGAAGCUUAUGAAGCGACUCGGUUUCAGCCAGUUUUACACUCAAGGAGGAGACUGGGGCUCGAUUAUCACUACUAACAUGGCUCAGCUGGAGCCCAAGAUUGUAAAGGGUCUGCAUAUCAACUUUGCUCCUCCAUUCAAAACAAAUCUGACCAUGUUAUCAUCCAUGCUUUUGGGCCACUACUUCCCAAGACUCUUUGGCUUCACUCAUCAUGAUAUAACAAGAAUCUUUCCCCUUGGGCAGAAGUUAAUUGUCAAUAGAUUGAAGGAGUCAGGAUACAUGCACAUACAAGCCACCAAGCCUGAUACUGCUGGGCGUGGGCUGAAUGACUCUCCUGUUGGCUUGGCUGCGUACAUCCUGGAGAAGUUUUCCACCUGGACUGACCAUACGUUCUCAAACCUUGAAGAUGGAGGCUUGCAAAUGAAGUUUUGUCUGGAUGACUUGCUGACCAACGUAAUGAUCUACUGGACUACCAGUUCCAUCAUCCCCUCCAUGCGUCUCUACAAGGAGAACUUGAGCCAAGGGCUUUCUCCGCCAUAUUCAAAAAUCCCAGUCCUUGUUUCAACCGGUUUGGCAAUGUUCCCUAAUGAGCUGGUGCACACUCCAGAACUGUGGGCCAGACAGAAUUACCAAAAACUUGUCAACUACACCACAAUGCCAAGAGGUGGCCAUUUUGCUGCCAUGGAAGAACCAGAGCUAAUGGCCCAGGAUAUCCAGAAGUUUGUCAAGAUUGUGGAGGGGAAAAUGUAAAAGAACACUGUGUCAGCAAUAACCUGAGUAACCAUGUUUUCUACUAAUCGAUACUAAUACUAAGAUUAGCAAGAAUAAUACCAGAGUGCUAAU